AUGACCCCUCCAAGGAAAACAAUUCCCCAGAAAGCUUGCAGUAGUAUUCUGGUGUCAUGGGCAGAUAUGUUCCUCGCAGCCUUUUACGAGGAUCAUUGCCGGAACCAGCCCAAAGUCGGCCUCCCGAGUAUUCCACUCACACAACAGGGUAGCUUAAGGUAUAAAAUUUGUCAAGUGAGCCUCUGCGAUGCCCUUCUUGCUCACGCGCCGGAUUCCGGUUCCGUCGCCGAGCAUCUCCUGCGCUGUGUCUUUGGUCCAAGGUCCGUGAAGAAUCUCGAGAACCUGCAGACGAGUGGGAUACCCGACUACUUCAGAGGCCUCUUCCUCAAGCCGGGGUUUGGGGACAGGUUUGAAAAGUAUUGCCGUGGAUGGGUGGAUGGAUUCCUGAUCCCAUGUGGAUUCCCUUUCUCCCCCUCACCCACUUAGCUGGGAAAGUCUAAGCACUAACGUAUUCCUCUAUUCUAGUGAACAACAAGCAGCACUUCCCAGCUCUCGCCCCUGCACAGCUAAACCAACUGAUCUGCCAAAAGAACCGCUGCCUUAUUCGCGACGGGUACCGCUGUCCACUGACGGGUGCCUACGACAAGAACAGACCCUACCUCCCGCAGACUGUGCAGACAGCCGUUCACCUCGACCUGGCGCACAUCAUCCCCCUGCAGAUUCUGAAGAGCCCGUUAUUGCAAAAGUACUUUCAGAUAUUCACUGGUCUCCCACUCUCCCACGUGCGCGCUUCCUCCCUCAAUCACCCGCGCAACGGGCUGAUCCUGGAAGCUAAUGCGCAGCGUGACUUCAUCUCCUAUAACUGGGGCAUCGCGACCACCAGCAUGGCCACAGCCGCCGGCUCCAUCAUUGACGAUCCGACCAAGCCCAACACUGCGUACAGGGCGGAAAAGGCUUGCAGGGGUCCCAUUUCUUUCAAGAUUCCAUCCUCCAUGCUUGUCUUUGGUGGAGGGAGGAGGAGUGUUGAAUUGCCAGAUCGGGACUCUUUGGCAUUUCACCUGGCCGUCGGGAAAGUGCUCCAUGAGAGCGGCGUUGGGGAGACACUUGCCGCCUUCGUUAGAGAGGUUUCUAGCCUCAGGACUAGGGGUGAGUGGGCCGAUGAGACCGAGGAUGUGUUCGAUGCGUUGGAGGAUAACCUCGUCUCGGCGGAGGCUGGGGCUUUUGUGGUCCGGUGA